AUUUUGACUUUGACACAUUGAGAAAAGAGGUUAUGUUGGUGUAAUUACUAGAUUUUCGAUAUUUGAGUGAAUAAUGUGUUAAAUGAUAACUAAAUAAAGUGAGCGUUGAAUAAUAAGUAGUUAUACGAUAAACUGAAAUCAUGGCUUUUGCAUCGUUACGUUUUAAUUUCCUGCACAAAGUGGUUCAAACCGCAGCCUACACUACCCUGCUGAAGAGGCCUAUGGCAUAUAAAAGUUCAAUCUCUCUAGAAACAUUGUACCCAAACAGUUCCUUGAAACUCACGACACCUGCAUUUCAACCAGACGCCAAUGAGAAGUUCUCAGGCUUCAUACCCAUCGACAAACUAGAUAUUACGUACAGCGCCAGCUCGGGGCCUGGAGGACAGAAUGUCAACAAGGUGCACACGAAGGUUGAUUUGCGAUUCAAGCCGAGUGAAGCUGACUGGCUUCACCCUGACAUCAAAGCUAAACUAAUUGAACAGUUUGCAAACAAGUUAUCAAAAGACGGCUACCUAAUCAUCAGGUCGGACACGACCAGGUCACAACAGUUGAACUUGGCGGACUGUAUGCAAAAACUUAGGAAAAUAAUCCGUGAGGCAGCAGUCACCAAGCGGGAACCUGCUCCGGAAACUGUGGAGAGGAUUAGACAAAGACACCUGAAAGCGGCGCGCAUGCGUGUAGCAGUCAAACGGGAGGAGUCCCUGAAGCGCGCCAUGCGGCAGUCGCCCACUAUAGACUUAUGAUUCUUCUAUUAAAUUGGGCAUGCACGGCCUGCACCAGCUGAACUCUGAGACACUUACAAAUUAAUAAAAAUGUACAAGUAUCUGUCAACCUCAGUAUUUGAUAAACUGAUUGCUGAAAAAGAAAAUUAUCCUUUUCUACAGUCUUUGUGUCAAAUAUGAGGUCUGAACAGUAAUCUCAGAAGUUCAGUUUGGCCGUAAAGUUUGACUGUUUUAUAGUUACUUCUUAAUAUAAUAUAGUUGUUUAGUUA